AUGGACUAUUAUUGUCAAGUCGAGUUCUGUAGAAAAGGGUUUUACAAUGCACGAGGAUUAAUCAAUCAUAUGAUGUUGCAGCAUAGUCAUGAAAAACAACUGAGUUUGUCGUGUAGUUUAGAUAGUUGUGGUUAUCGUUAUAACACUGUUAAUACCUUUAGGUGUCAUCUUUUCAAAUUUCAUGCGUCUCAUCUUGUUUCCAUAAUUUCCGAUAAACUGACUGAUCUAUCUGAAAUUACAUGUGAACAUACAGAAGAAAGUGAUAGAGAAGAAAAUAUCGUGGAAAAGGAAACAGAGAACAUAACCAUUAUUGAGAGUGUGGAUGAAAAUGCCAAUAAACUUAAUACAGAGUUUUCUGAUUUUUUAAAAUGUUUUGGAAAUAAUGUAUGUAUAGCACAGCUACAAUUGCGCGAAAAACACAUGUUACCUCUUUCAGCAGCUUCUGAUAUACGUGAUAUGGUUAAAUAUUUACUUGAUUUGUUUCAAAAUAGUUUUGUAUCAUUAAUAAGACAAAGGCUUAAGGUACUAAAUAUUGAAUCAGAUGACGAUUCUGUGUUGAACCAAAUAUUAACAUUUUCCUCAAUUUAUGACAGAGUGUCCCAAUUAUUUGCAACAGAUCAUCUUAAAAUGUUAUAUAUGCUAAAUAACCUUGAAUUUGUUCCACCAAAAGAACUUGACAUGCCAGCUAAUGAACUUCACCAGUUUAAUGAAAGUGUUGAUGGUUCUAACAAUGAAAUAAGCAGUGAAAUAUUGUCGCCACCUCUUAUAACAAACACAGAUGAUAUAUGGGCGAGCUGUGAACGAAAUCGUCUAAAACCAGUUGAAAAUGAUGGCAUUAUACGAGAUUACUCUGAUGGCACACAUUUUAAAUCAUUAAAUGUUAAUAACAAUAAAUUUAUACGUUUACAUUUGUAUAAUGAUGAGCUAGAAAUAUGUAAUGCACUAGGAAGCAGACGGGGUACUCACAAGAUUUCAAUUUUUUAUUGUAUAGUUGGGAAUCUUGACACUCAUUUAUGGACAAAUCUCGAUCACAUUCAUUUAGUAUUAGUUGCCCAAUACAGUGCUGUCAAAAGGUUUGGAUAUGAUAAAGUUCUAAAUAAACUUAUGCAUGAUGUGAAAUUGCUUGAAAUAUAUGGACUUGAUUUAAAUAUUGAUGGCAGUAUUGAACAUGUAAAUGGUUCUAUUGUUACAUUCUCUGGUGAUAACUUAUCCUCUCAUUCUUUUGGUGGUUUUUCUACUUGCUUUUCAUCUGGCAGAAUUUGUCGCCACUGCAUUGUUUCGUUUAGGUUUCUUUCAGAUGUUCAUUCAGAAUCUUCGUGUCAGUUGCGAACAAUAGAUUUACAUAAAUAUCAUGUUCAACAAGUGAAGUCACUUGUUGAACAUGAUAAUAAGUCACUUGGUGCUGUAUAUGGUGUUCUUUCUCGUUGUUCUUUAUCUAGUUUACAAUAUUUCAAUGCAAUUGAAUGUUUCCCACCUGAUUUUAUGCAUGAUGGACUUGAAGGACUUUUGAGUGUUAAUUUUUCAAUUGUUGUAAGAAAUCUUAUCAAAGAAAAACUAUUCACUAUUGUUCAAUUAAAAGAAGAAAUAGCAAAAUUCAAGUAUAGCAUUCCAGAUAGUUGUGAUAAACCUGCUGUAUCAUGUAUUCCAAAUAAUUUGGGAACAACCAAUAAAAGAAUCCAUGGAAAAGCAGUAGAGAGAUGGUCGCUAUUUCAUUUUUUGCCAGUUUUUGUCAGUUGCCUAGUAAAAAAUCCUGAUAUACUCCUAAAUAAUAAUUUUUGGCAGCUUCAUUUGCUUUGUCGACAGAUAGUACAAAUCAUUUUGGCUCCCGAAAUUGAUAUAAAUUGGAUACCUAUUCUUGAGCAUCUCAUUCAAAGACACCAUUCUCUACUUGAAUGCAUUAGUCCUGUUUCAUUUAUACCUAAAAUCCAUUAUUUAGUACAUUAUCCUAGAUUACUAUUACAUUUUGGACCUCUGCGACACCUCUGGGUAAUGAGAUUUGAGUCUAAACAUCAAUAUUUUAAACAGAUUGCACGCCGUGUAAAAAAUUUUAAAAAUAUAACAUUCACUUUGACACAACGACAUGAAAUGCGUAAGUGUGUUACAAAUUUCGGAAGAAGCCCAUAUGUUAAGGGUCCAGAAAUUUUAGGUAGUCAGAAAAUUUUAUUUAUAAGUUCAAUUCCAUUUGAACUUGUAGAUGCUAUUAAGAAUAGGUUUGGUAACACCCAUCAAAUAAAUGGAGCUGAGCAGUUUAUAUCCACUACUAAACUUAGAAUUAAUGGACAGGUUUUUUAUACAACAACGUCUAUUAUUUGUCAGAAAAAAGCUAGCAAUGACAUGCCCCUAUUUGGAAAAGUUAAAUAUAUAUUAUUGUUUCAAGGAACAUGGAUUAUUUGCUGUGUUUUGCAAAUAGCAAAAGAAUAUAUUGAAUUUGCUGAUUUUUAUACUAUAGAGUGCUCUGACAAUUGGGUUGUAGUGAUACCUGGAGAACAUGCCAUUCAUUCGUCCCUGGGAUCCUAUUUUGUCAAUAAUCAGGAAGGCAUUUUGUUUCGUCAUCGCGUAUGCAUAGAAGAGAAAUGA